AUGGAUCUUCGGCGAGAAAUACCAUCGCUAUAUGGGAAUUUCGGAGUAUGCUACUUGCACUUUUCCGUCUUCCGUUUUCUGUUUUACAUUUUAUACCUUGGUUUGGUAGAUGCUGACCGACAAGCAUCAGUCCGAUGCUGGCCCUUGAUAUGGCGGGAGCUUGCGCCGCACACUUUGGUCCUGUGGUUGCAUGAUUGCUCUACUGAGGACGAUUGGCCACCAUGGAAGUUUCGUAGCUUGCUAGAACAAAUGGUGGAGAGAGGAUGUCGGUAUAUCUGGGUUGGGUUGAAUAAGCAAGAUUCUCCAGACGUCUCGGAGGAGUCGGUUCAGGAGGCGCGACGGAAGUAUGAGGAGGAGUUUGCGAAGUAUAAAGAUGACCUGUCGUGGAAAGUACUGACGCAUAAGCUGAGUGCGAAGACUGGGGUAGGGGUAUCUGAGGUCCUCAAGGACAUCUACCAGGCCGUGAAGAGGGCGAAUCUGGAGCCUCCAAAGGAGGACAAACAAGAUAAGACGGGGACCGUCAUAAGCGACUCAUCAGAUGAAAAAUUAACUACUGAACAGCUGCAACGCCGAAUUGAGAAGGAGGUUACUGGCGACACGAUCGACCCGGACGCAUUCUGGACAUCCUUCCUGGAGGGAGACCUGCCGGCGUGGACCCAUUACACCUAUCUGAAAGCGCUCUAUUUCGUCAUCCUUGAGUCGGCGAAGAAGAAAACCUUCACAGAGAUAGCAAAUGAUUUUAACAUUCACCUCAUCCGACUGAGAAACAUAUCCCCCCAGCUAUUUAACGACAGCGAGACACCGAGUGCCUACGUCCAUGCACCAUUCAACAUAUGCCUGGCCACAUUCUGGACUCUACAACUCCAACACGGUAUCCGGGAAUAUCGCAUGCACAGCAUGAGCUCACAUCUUCCAUCUCGAGAAGAAUUCCCCCAAGUCCUCCGCCGCUCGCCAUCACUGAUGAGCACGUAUCUCUGGAAAAGCUAUUACUCCUUCAAUCCCGUCUCCAGACCACGGGACUAUUGGUCAAUCCCGAACUUACGGAAACUUCCAACACAGACAGAUUAUCUCCGCGAUCCAGCGACAGUGCCUAGGAAGGACGAGGGGCCAGAUAAGCUCAUACGCUACGCCUUCGCUGUAAUGCAGUAUGUGCGGAACGCGGGGGCGGCGCGUGGGCAAGUAGUUACACAGGCGCUGGUAGCACUCCAGCAAGCUACUAUGCGUGCAAGGACGGCAGAUUCGACCGUUGAGACAUACUCAGAGACACAGGCAUAUUUCUGGAUCCAGAUAGUCCAUGCUGCGUUGCGGUCGCUGGAUGAUAAGAAGGGCUCGGUUGAUACUUCGGAGAUGUCGUUCGAGGCAUUCCAGCAGACUUUCCAUCUCAAACCGACUGACUGGCAGGAGUAUUAUUCGAAGAAAUUGUGGAAUAGUGUCGCUGCGCGAUCGCAGUUCGUGAUGCCUGAUCUCAAGCCGCUGCCGAACGUCAUUGCAUCUCUCCCUAGCAAAGUAAUUAGGAAAGCACCAGAAGGGAUACCAAAGCUCCCAUCCGCAGAAGAGCUUACAUUUCGGGCCAGGAUGGCCUGUGAGGAGUUGACGCCGACUCUGCAAUCUUCAGGCCCGCCGGUUCUCAGUCACACUCACCUUCUGUUCUACCUUCACAAACGCUUCACACAAAGUGCUGAGGGAGGGACUCGAAAGAAGCUCGAGCGCCGGGCCAGAGAACUAUUUAGCGAGAUAGCAGGCCCGAUAGUGGCUGGUGCGACGUAUCGAAACUUCUGGAUCCAGCAGGUUGGAGUCGCAGUGUUGAAUUCGGACAUUGGCAAGGGCCGCUCAACAUUCCCAGAAUUUAUUACGAGCAACCUGCACCUGGUCUUCGAGGAGCUGCAUGGGAUUUAUUACGGACCAGGAGUCUGGACCAGCGCCGAUGCAGCGGAGAAGAUCCUCGGUCCCGACAGACGAAGGAUGGAGACGAUCGUCAACAUGGCGGACGUGAACAUGUCUGCAAACACAAAAUAA